GUACACGCAAAACGACAGCUCGCGACUAGAAGUCGACUUCACUUUUGCACAAUGUAGUGCUCCAGCAUUACGUAUGAUUACUUGGUAGCAACAGCAGUAUGGGCGUAAUGCGACCUCGUGAGCCAGCGGGCCUGGUCCGCUGGCGAGACGCAAGCCAAGGCCUAGUUGGAGCCUCGCGCGCAAGCGCUGACCUGUUUACGGAGUACCUUAUCAGCGGCGGCCCCGAUGCCAUCAAGUCUCUUCAGGCCACCAUCCGCCGCUUGCAGCUGCAGCUCGAGGAGCAGAAGGCGGAUGGGCGGCUGGAGCGCUACCGGAAGCUGCAGAAGGACUUGGAGGAGUGCGACAAGGUGCGGGCGGCCCUGCGCGACGCACUGGUGUCCUCUCAGUGGUCGGACGACGAGGUUGACGCCUACCUGUCCAAGAAGCUGUUCAAGGCCAGUCAGCUGUACGGCGCAUCCCGCGAGCUGCUGCUGCGUGAGAACCGGCUGCUGCGCUGCCAGCUGGAGGAGCACCACGUCACCAGCCGCACCAGCAGACCGGUGGCGGCGGCGGCGGCAGGGGCGGGCGGAGGCGCGCCGGGCCGGCUGGUGGUGGCGGAGAGCCGCCUCAAGCAGGCGCGCAUGAUGCAGGGCCCCCACAUGGAGUCGGUGUCGCGGCUGCUGACCGCGGCGGAACUGCUGGAGGCGGCGGAGCAGGCCUACCGCCUGCCGUCUGUGGCGCACGCCGAGGUGCAGGCCGACGACGGCUCUCGCAAGUACAUCCAGACGCUGGAGCAGCAGAUGGCCACACUGGCGGGACAGAAGAUGCAGCUCAUGAACCAGGUGGCCUCGCUGACGGAGCAGAACCGCGUGCUGGACAUGAAGCUGGAGGGCGCGCUGGACCAGGUGUCGGAGCUGCGGAGGCAGAAGACCGAGAUGCUGGCGCACGCCGACAACCUCUCCAAGGACCUGCGCGACCACCUGCUGUCGGAGGCCAAGAGGGCGGACGUGGCGGAGACGUCGCUGGCGGAGGCGCGGCUGCUGGCGGCGGCGGCGCGGGAGGCGGAGGCGGAGGCGCGCAGGCGCAUGGAUGCGGCGCUGGCGGAGGCGGGUGCCAUGCAGGCGGCACUGCAGGAGAAGACGGAGCAGGUGGACACGCUGCGAGGUCUGUACCUGGAGCUGCGGGAGACGCUGGAGAAGCUGGCGGGCGACGUGGCCAGCGGCCAGCAAGACAUGGCCAGAAGGCUGCUGGACGCCACCAACGCCGCCGCCGCCGACCAGCGCACCCUGCUGCUGGACGUCCGGGACGCCGCGGACGGCGGCCAGCGCGCCGCCGCCCACAGCGCCGUGGCGGUGGAGGACAUGAGCGGCGUGCAGCGGGUGCUGGUGGGCGAGAUGGCGCAGCAGCGGGAGGUGACGCAGGGCGCCUACGAGCGGCAGCUGGCGGCGCUCAUGGCGCUGCUGCAGCAGAGCGAGGCGGACAGGGUGCGGCUGGCGAGGCAGGCCAUCGCCGCCAGCGCGCUCAACCGAGUCGAGGACAAGCGGCACCAGAAGACAGUGGCGCUGCUGCUGCAUGAGGUGCCGGGCAGUGUGGCGGAGCGCCUGGCGCCGGAGCUGGGCGCGCUGGCGGAGGGCACGGCGGCGGUGGCGGACGGGCUGGCCAAGACGCAGGACACACUGGCGGCGGCAGGCAUUGUGGUGCCGGGGCUGGUGGGGCCAGGCCCCGGCCCGGACCUUGUGGAGGACGAGACCACUCGGCUGCUGGGCGGCAGCAGGGCCCUGCGCUCGCAGCUGCACAACCUGGCAGCAGCCGCGCCCGGGCCGCCGCUGGAGGGCGCCGGCGCGCAGACGCUAGCGGGGCAGGCCUCGCCCUACGCCGCCAGCCUAUUCAGGCAGCUGCCGCCCGGCAUGCAGCCCCUGCAGCCCGUGGGCUACGGGCCGUACGGGCUGACGCCGCCGCCACCGCCGCCGCCUGGUGCCGUGCCCAGUCCCUCGCCGCCGGCUAUGAAGACACCGGCGCAGCAGUCCCAGCAGCAGCAACUGCCGCCGCACCAGCAGCAGCAGCUCAUGCACUCGCCGCCGGACCGCUUCGCCGGCGGCGCCGUGGGCAGCCCCGGCGACCUGGCGGUGGCCUGGUACCCGCCCGGGCUGGUGCCGAGCGACAGCGGCGGCAGGGGCGGCGGACCGCCCGGCUACCCCGCCGCCCCCUCCUACCUGUCCGGCCGGCGGGCGCUGGGCAUGACGUCACCCAACCAGUGGGACGACGUGCCGUACAUUGACCAGUUCCAGUACAACUACCAACCGCUGCAGCAGGUGGGCGGCGGCGGCGCUGAGCAGGCGGCGCACGUCGACCUGGUGCUGCAGCUGGCGCCGCCGCCGCCGCCGCCACCUGAGCUGCUGGCGGAGGCGGAGGCGGCGCGACUGCUGGCCGCCGGUGAGGGGCCGGCAGGCUGGCACGGCACUGGCACUGGCACUGGCAUGGGUGCCGUUGGGAGCGGCGCUGUCGCGGGCGGCCCUGGCGGGCUGCCGCCUGGCAUUGGGGCGCACCAGGCGUGGGCGUUCGAGCCUGUUAGCGGAGGGGCGCACGUGGAGCCGCCGCCGCCGCCGCCAGCCCAGUUCCUGAGCAUGCAGCCACUGCCGCCGCCGGCGCAGCCGCAGCCAGCGCCCGCCGAGGCCCAACACACACAAACGGGGCCCAGUGAGCACCCGCCGCCGCAGCCGCACCCGCCGAUGGCGCAGGCAGCGCCGUCAGCGCGGGCCAGCGGCAGUGGCGCUGCGGCGGGCCCUCCCCAGGCCGACACCACACACGCCUCCGCAACUGCUGCGCCCAUUGGCGCCGGGGCCGCUGUGCCGCCGCUUGUGGAGCCCAGUGGGGCCAGUCGCACGCCUGCACACCCGGCAUUGGCAGGCGCAGGCGCUCCACCACCACCGCCGCCGCCGCCGCCACCUGGGCCACCGCCGCCUACAGCACUGUCAGCCGCACUGGCACCGGCACCAGCACCCGUGGCUCCAGCGGCGGGGGCAGCACUACCUCCGACUCCUUCCCCACCACCACCAACACCAACACCACCACCACCACCACCAGCGCCGGCCUUGCAAGUGGAGGGCCCACACCGCGGUCCGCCCAGUACCGCAAGCCUGGCUGCUGCGCCGCCAGCCGCCUCGGGCCCCGCCGCUGCCGCUGCAGCCGCUGCCGCGCCGCUCACCAAAGCAGGCCCGGCAACAGGAGUGGAAGCGGCGGCAAGCAAGCCAGCAGCUGGCGCUGCGUCAGUGGGGGAGCCGGCUGGCGUCGGGGCGACACCGGCAGGAGCUGUCGGCACCUCCGCGCCAGGGGGUGGCGGCUCCGGCACCGGCGUGGCAGCAGCCCCAGUCGGCGGCGCGCCCAAGCCCGCCGUUGGCGCGCCAAGCUCCGAGAUUGAGCCAGCUGAAGAGGAAGCUGUGUCAGGGGCGCCGCCAGCGGGGGCAGUAGCUGGUGUCGGGGGUGCUGUCGGGGGUGCUGUUGCGGGUGCUGGGAGUGUGGCGGGGGCCGGUACGGCGGCACCGCCUGCAAGUGGUUUGUUGGUGCUGCCCGAGGUGAUGGAGCUGUCGCAGUGGAAGCCGGCGGCGGCGCUGAGCCACUUCGCACCGCCCUAGUUGAGGGGGGAGGACUUGUCUCGGCUUAGAGCUUUCCCGCGUGUGCUGGAAGGCGUGGAAACUUGACCUGGGCAUCGAAUUGUCGGAUGGGGGCGAGAAGGGUAGCGUAACAUGCCGACAUGCAGUAUGCAUGGAGCGUUUUACAUAAAGCUUGGAUCUGUGGUGUAAUUGCAGCAACUGUAAUAUUUAACGGUU